AUGACGGUAAAAAAAAUUGCAGUGAUUGGUGCUGGAGUCAGCGGACUGGGUGCCAUCAAGAGCUGUUUGGAGGAGGGACUAGAACCUACGUGUUUUGAAAAGAGCAGUGACAUUGGAGGACUGUGGAGAUAUGAGGAAACACCAGAAAUUGGAAGGCCUGGGAUGUACAAAUCUUUGACCUGCAAUACGUCCAAGGAGAUGACAGGCUUCAGCGACUACCCCAUCCCUGACCAUUACCCCAACUACAUGCACAACACCAAAAUGAUGGAGUAUCUCAGGAUGUAUGCCAGGCACUUCGGGCUGAUGAAACACAUCCAGUUCCAGACAAAGGUGUGCAGUAUAAGGAAGCGCCCUGAUUUUUCAUCCUCUGGCCAGUGGGACGUUGUGGUGGAGGCUGAUGAGGUACAGAAAACUUAUAUCUUUGAUGGGAUCAUGGUCUGCAGUGGACACUACAGCAAGAAGCAUUUUCCUUUACAGGAUUUUCCAGGAAUCACCAAGUUCCAAGGCAGCCAUCUCCACAGCUGGGAGUACAAGCACCCAGGCGACUUUGAGGGGAAGAGAGUGGUCGUGAUUGGCAUUGGGAAUUCUGGAGCAGAUGUAGCAAGCGAGAUCAGCCGUGUCAGUGAACAGGUUUUCCUCAGCACAAGACGAGGGGCGUGGAUUUGGAACCGGGUUUGGGACCAUGGGAAUCCCAUGGAUGCUACACUCUUCACUCGUUAUAACAGAGCUGUCCAAAAGGUCUGCCCCACAUACCUGAUCAACAGACAGAUAGAGAAGAAGUUAAACUCGAGGUUUGACCAUGCCAAUUAUGGACUGCUGCCUCAACACAGAGUACUUGACCACCGAACAGUUCUCAGUGACGACCUGCCAAAUCGAAUCAUUACUGGAAAAGUGCAGAUAAAACCCAAUGUGAAAGAGUUCACUUCAACAUCGGCCAUCUUUGAGGAUGGAACUGAGGAGAGCAUCGAUGUUGUCAUCUUUGCCACAGGCUAUACAUUGUCCUUCCCUUUCUUGAAUGAUGAAUCAACCAUCCUGGAUAGCGAGUACUCCAUGUUUAAAUUCAUCUUCCCUCCCGAGUUGGAGAAGCCAACCCUAGCUUUCAUUGGCAUCCUCCAGCCAGCUGGGGCCAUCAUCCCUACAUCAGAGCUCCAAAGUCGAUGGGUUGUGAGUGUGUUCAUAGGACUGAAAAAGUUGCCCUCAAAGACAGACAUGAUGGCUGACAUCAACAGAAAAAGACGAAAAAUGACCGUAGAAGGCUUUACAAAAAACCUCAGAGAUUCUCGUCAAGUACAGUUCAUCGACUACAUGGAUGAAAUCGCUUCAGAAUUAGGUGUCAAACCCAACCUGCUCUCUCUCUUCCUCUGGGACAUAAAGCUGGCCAAAGAGAUUUUCUAUGGUCCCUGCACCUCCUACCAAUACCGUCUACAGGGGCCAGGGAAAUGGGCUGGGGCCCGGGCAGCCAUCCUCACUCAGAGAGAAAGGAUGCUCAAACCCCUGAGAACCCGUGUGCUCCAACACUCCCAGGCCUCCCUCUCUCGUCUUUUCUGGGUCAAAAGUAUCUGUGUUGUCAUGUUUUUCUUUGUGUCCAUGUUAACUAUCAUGUAUAUCACAAGUCAUUAA